UUACAUUAGUAGUACACACAUAUAGAAACAUAGUGAAGUAUUACAGUCCUAGUAAACAAAGUAUUACAUUAGUAGUACACACAUAUAGAAACAUAGUGAAGUAUUACAGUCCUAGUAAACAUAAAGUAUUACAUUAGUAGUACACACAUAUAGAAACAUAGUGAAGUAUUACAGUCCUAGUAAACAUAAAGUAUUACAUGAAUAGUAUAAGAUAUAUAAAGAUAGUGAAGUAUUACACAGUAGAAGUAUUAGUAGUAUACAGUAGUAUUGUACAGUAGAUGACACACAAAAGGGGAGGGGUGUACUUUUGUGGUCUCCAAACUUCCUGCAAUGACAAAAAGUUGCAGUGAGUCACGUCAGUCUCACACUAAAAUAGACAUGAUGAAGAGGAAGAUGUAGAUGUAGGUGAAGAUAAGGAGGAAGAGGAAGAUGUAGAUGUAGGUGAAGAUAAGGAUGUAGAUGUUGGUGAAGAUGUAGGUGAAGUUAAGGAUGAAGAUGAAGAUAAAGGUGAAGAUAAGGAUGAAGAUGUGAUGAUGACUCAUGAUGAUUUGGUGAGUACACAUCUUCAUCAUCCUCAGUACUAGACUUUACUUUCAUUUUCAUUCCAACUUAUUAUUUAGUACUUUCAUUUAUGACUUACUUUGUUUCUUCCUCAAGGGCAGAACACGCACACACACACACAGACACACAGACACGCACACACACACGCACACACACACACACACGCACACACACACACACACACACACACACACGCACACACACACACACACACACACACACACACACACACACACACACACAGACAGACACACACACACACACACAGACGCUGAUCACACAUGGCGGCUCUUUGGCUAUCAUGGAUCAAAAUGUUUGCCAUGACGUUGCUGCUGCUGCAUCUCUGCAGAGGCCGGACAUCUUGUGUCAUGUGGUCCAGCAUUGGCAACGUAGUCCAGCUAGGUUCCAGUUUUGACAUGUACUGCACCUUCACCUGCGAGUGCGACCACUCUAUGUCCAGCGGUCACCCACCCGCACCACAGACCCUUGUUGUGGUCAACGCCAGUACGUCGCGCUUCCACGUGGCCAACAUCACAGAGGACACAACGUACAGCUGCCAAUGCGGAUGUCCAACCCCAUUGGAACCCUGCGGCCUUGACAUCAGGGCUGAAGAUCCCCCAGAGCCUCCUACAAGUAUUUCAUGUGAGUACGAAGUACUCAGUACUGAAGAAGGAGUUUUGUACUGUUGGUGGGAUAAAGUACGAAUAAGUCAUCCUCCGAGUUCUACUGAGUUGUGGUUGACAAGUGUAUCAGAGUACGAAGAGUCCCGCAAAGUGUUUUCCUUGGCUCCAACAGCCAAUGAGUUUACCUUCAAUGUGUCCAACAAAGUCCAUGAGGUGUUGCUGUGGGUGCACACGCACUACACCCUGGGGUCCUCCCUGUCCCAACGCAACUACACACUUGCUGACAUCGCGAGGCCUUGUGCUCCAGAGGUGGGGGGUGCAGAGUGCUGGUCCAGGGGCUGCACCAUCAGAGUGUGUGAGUGUGUGAGGUCAUCACAGGUGGAGGUGGAGGUGCAGGUGCAGCACGCCAUGGAUGGACAACACUCAUGGAGCAGCUGUCAGCUCGCAGAGGGCCAACUUGGUCUGGAUCAAAUCUGGUCCACUUCCUCUCUGGACCCGGGCCGCUUGUACCGAUUCAGAUCCAGAGCCAAGUUCAGUACAGGUCUGUGGAGCAAGUGGAGCACAGUCAGGACCGCAUGGACUCAGGAGGAAGUUCCUGACAAAGUACUCGACGUGUGGUACAUCCAACCUUCCUCCACGCUCACCUUCAUCACCGUCUUCUGGAAGGCCAUGAGCGUGUCUGAGGCCAGAGGGAAGAUCUUGGAGUACCGGGUCAGCGUUUACGGCGCCGAGUCCGAGGUGAUGUGGACCAGCAGCCUGGGUGCCAACGUGACCAAGACCUCCGUGCCCUUCUGUGCCCGCUGCCAGGUGGCGCUGUGGGCCAUCAACUCCAAAGGCAGCUCUCCUCCUGCCAACAUCACGGCACAUCAUGCCAAAGCUGCUGGUCAUUUCCAGGUGCGCACGCAGGCAGACCAGCACGGUGUCGCCCUCUGGUGGAGCGCAGCUGCACCUGCAGCACGUCACGUGGUGCUGGAAUGGCACCUUGAAGGACUGAUGACGCAACACCUGCACUGGCUCCGCCUACCUGGAACACAGCGCCACGCCCACAUCACAGGACUAAAAUCCUCCGAGUGCUACCAGGCAAAUAUUUACUUUUUCUAUGAUGAAAGUACAAGUACUACCAGCAACUUUCAACUAAGUAUCAACCAAACAGUUCCUCAGGUUGGUCCGUCAGUCCAACAGGAAGUGGAAGGCAAGAGUUUAAAGGUCAAGUGGGCGGAGCUUCCUCGGACUGAGCGAGGAGGAUGUGUGGUGAACUACACCGUCUACUUGCAGUACUUGGAUGGACACGUACUUUCAUACUUGCUGCCAGCAUCACACAGGAAGUUGCUCCUCUCAGAUCUCCAUGCAGGUAAUUACUACCUUUGGAUGACCGCCUCCACGUCUGAGGGGCAAAGUCCUGCUGGUCCAAAAGUCAGGUUUUCCAUCCAAUCUGCAAAACAAGACGUUCCACUGUUCCUCUUUGUUGGUGGCAUCAUCCUGCUGGUGAUGUCGCUCCUGAUGUGCUGCCACAUUUCUCCCCGAAAAAAAAGGUGUGUGGGACCUUUGUGCUUCCUGUCCAAAGUUCCAGAUCCUGCAAACAGCAAAUGGGCAAAAGAAUGCAGCCAGAAAAUGUUUGAAGAUGAAGAGAAGUUCCAGCUGAGUGAGUCCAGCAUGAAGGGAGGAGGAGGAGGAGGAGAAGAAGAAGAAGAGUUGAUCAUAGAAGUGGAGGAGCUGUCAAAUGUCAAGAUGGACGCCUCCUCACCAUCCAUCAUCAGCACCUACAUCAAGACUUACUGCCAACCUUCUCUCUCUCACACCUCCUUCUGCUCACAUCUCACUCACCUUCAGGACCAUCACCUGCACCACCUUCAGGACCAUCACCUGCACCACCUUGGCCUGAAGGACCAUAACCUUCACCACCUCCAGGACCAUGACCUUCACCACCUUGGCCUGAAGGACCAUCGCCUUACCCACCUUGGCCUUAAGGACCAUGACCUUCACCACCUCCAGGACCAUGGCCUUCACCUUCAGGACCAUGACCUUCACCACCUUCAGGACCAUGGCCUUCACCACCUUCAGGACCAUGGCCUUCACCACCUUCAGGACCAUGGCCUUCACCACCUUCAGGACCAUGACCUUCACCACCUUGGCCUGAAGGACCAUCGCCUUAACCACCUUGGCCUUAAGGACCAUGACCUUCACCACCUUGGCCUUAAGGACCAUGACCUUCACCACCUUCAGGACCAUGACCUUCACCACCUUCAGGACCAUGAACUUCACCACCUUCAGGACCAUGGCCUUCACCACAUUCACCACCUUCAGGACCAUGGCCUUCACCACGUUCACCACCUUCAGGACAAUGGCCUUCACCUUCAUGACCAUGACCUUCACCACCUUCAGGACCAUGAACUUCACCACCUUCAGGACCAUGGCCUUCACCACGUUCACCACCUUCAGGACCAUGGCCUUCACCUUCAUGACCAUGACCUUCACCACCUUCAGGACCAUGAACUUCACCACCUUCAGGACCAUGGCCUUCACCACGUUCACCACCUUCAGGACCAUGGCCUUCACCUUCAUGACCAUGACCUUCACCACCUUCAGGACCAUGGCCUUCACCACCUUCAGGACCAUGGCCUUCACCACCUUCAGGACCAUGGCCUUCACCACGUUCACCACCUUCAGGACCAUGGCCUUCACCACCUUCAUGACCAUGACCUUCACCACCUUCAGGACCAUGGCCUUCACCACCUUCAGGACCAUGACCUUCACCACCUUCAGGACCAUGGCCUUCACCACCUUCAGGACCAUGGCCUUCACCUUCAGGACCAUGACCUUCACCACCUUCAGGACCGUGACCUUCACCACCUUCAGGACCAUCACCUUCACGACCAUGACCUUCACCACCUUCAGGACCAUGACCUUCAUGACCAUGAGGAUGAGGAGGAAUGUUCACGCAUGAUGACCUUCAUCCCUGCUUCACACUCCUUCACGCACACACUCGACCUCACGCUAACCCUCGAUACUGUACACAUCGACUGCGGUAUCAUAUUUGAUAACUUACACUAACCCUCGAUACUGUCUGUACAUGUCGACUGUGGUAUCAUAUUCAAAACUCACGGUAGACCUCGAUACCCUACACAUCGACUGUGGUAUCAUAUUUGAUAACUCAGGAUAGACAUCGAUACUGUGGUAUCAUAUUUGAUAACUCACGGUAGACCUCUAUACUGUACACAUCGACUGUUGUAUCAUAAUUGAUAACUCACGAUAGACCUCGAUACUGUACACGUCGACUGUGGUAUCAUAUUUGAUAACUCAGGAUAGACAUCGAUACUGUGGUAUCAUAAUUGAUAACUCACGGUAGACCUCUAUACUGUACACAUCGACUGUUGUAUCAUAUUUGAUAACUCACGAUAAACCUCGAUACUGUACACGUCGACUGUGGUAUCAUAUUUGAUAGCUCACGAUAGACCUCGAUACUGUACACAUUGACUGUUGUAUCAUAUUUGAUAAAUCACGAUAGACAUCAAUACUGUACACGUCGACUGUGGUAUCAUAUUUGAUAGCUCACGAUAGACCUCGAUACUGUACACGUCGACUGUGGUAUCAUAUUUGAUAGCUCACGAUAGACCUCGAUACUGUACACGUCGACUGUGGUAUCAUAUUUGAUAACUCACGGUAGACCUCGAUACUGUACACGUCGACUGUGGUAUCAUAUUUGAUAACUCACGGUAGACCUCGAUACUGUACACGUCGACUGUGGUAUCAUAUUUGAUAACUCACGAUAGACCUCGAUACUGUACACGUCGACUGUUGUAUCAUAUUUGAUAACUCACGAUAGACAUCGAUACUGUACACGUCGACUGUGGUAUCAUAUUUGAUAGCUCACGAUAGACCUCGAUACUGUACACGUCGACUGUGGUAUCAUAUUUGAUAGCUCACGAUAGACCUGGAUACUGUACACGUCGACUGUGGUAUCAUAUUUGAUAGCUCACGAUAGACCUCGAUACUGUACACGUCGACUGUGGUAUCAUAUUUGAUAGCUCACGAUAGACCUGGAUACUGUACACGUCGACUGUGGUAUCAUAUUUGAUAACUCACGGUAGACCUCGAUACUGUACACGUCGACUGUGGUAUCAUAUUUGAUAACUCACGGUAGACCUCGAUACUGUACACGUAGACUGUGGUAUCAUAUUUGAUAACUCACGGUAGACCUCGAUACUGUACACGUAGACUGUGGUAUCAUAUUUGAUAACUCACGAUAAACAUCAAUACUGUACACGUCGACUAUGGUAUCAUAUUUGAUAGCUCACGAUAGACCUCGAUACUGUACACGUCGACUGUGGUAUCAUAUUUGAUAACUCACGGUAGACCUCGAUACUGUACACGUAGACUGUGGUAUAUUUGAUAGACCUGGAUACUGUACACAUCGACUGUGGUAUCAUAUUUGAUAACUCACAAUAGACCUGGAUUCUGCACACGUUGACUGUGGUAUCAUAAAGAAAAACUCACAAUAGACCUCGAUACUGUACACGUCAACUGUGGUAUAUUUGAUAGCUCACGAUAGACCUCAAUACUGUACACGUCGACUGUGGUAUCAUUUUUGGUAACUCAUGAUAGACGUUGAUACUGUACGCAACGACUGUGGUAUCAUAUUUGAUAACUCAUGAUAGACCUGGAUAUUGUACACGUUGACUGUGGUAUCAUAUUCAAUAGACAUGGAUACUGUACACGUCGACUGUGGUAUCAUAUCUGAUCACUCACCAUAGGCCUGGAUACUGUACACGUCGACUGUGGUAUCAUGUUUGAUAACUCACGAUAGACCUGGAUACUGUACACGUCGACUGUGGUAUCAUGUUUGAUAACUCACGAUAGACCUGGAUACUGUACACGUCGACUGUGGUAUCAUAUUUGAUCACUCACCAUAGACCUGGAUACUGUACACGUCGAUUGUGGUAUCAUAUUUGAUCACUCACCAUAGACCUGGAUACUGUACACGUCGACUGUGGUAUCACUCACCAUAGACCUGGAUACUGUACACUUCGACUGUGGUAUCAUAUUUGAUCACUCACCAUAGACCUGGAUACUGUACACGUCGACUGUGGUAUCAUAUUUGAUCACUCACGAUAACUGGUUUGCUGAAUUUCCCCCAUGGAUCAAUAAAGUACUUUCUAUUCUACGAUAGACCUGGAUACUGUACACGUCGGCUGUGGUAUCAAAACAGUAUCAAUCUCAGGGAGAUUCCAGAGACAUUCUAAGAGACCAUGAGGAAGCCAGUCAUGUGAUCAGUGACGUAGCGGAGGAACCACAGAUCCCUUCCACAUCAACAACAAUGCAGACUUAACAAAAUGAUGAUCCAGAACCUUCUAAUGGUGAUCCUGACUGUGAUCCACAAGUCUUAGAAGUAUCAUGUAGCAGUAUUGCUAAGUGCUAAACAACAUAUACAAACAUAAUAAAACAUGCAGCAGUAUUGCUAAGUGCUAAACAACAUAUACAAACAUGUAGCAGUAUUGCUAAGUGCUAAACAACAUAUACAAACAUGUAGCAGUAUUGCUAAGUGCUAAACAACAUAUACAAACAUGUAGCAGUAUUGCUAAGUGCUAAACAACAUAUACAAACAUGUAGCAGUAUUGCUAAGUGCUAAACAACAUAUACAAACAUAAUAAAACAUGUAGCAGUAUUGCUAAGUGCUAAACAACAUAUACAAACAUGUAGCAGUAUUGCUAAGUGCUAAACAACAUAUGCAAACAUAAUAAAACAAUCACUUAC